CAGUAUCCACCGUGUGGUCGUCUCGCCUUUCCUACAGUGCGCCAUUGUCUAUGAGAGGGAAAGUGCAGUCUCAGGGUAUCAUGAUCGCGGGUUGGACCUCCUCACUACGGCAAAUGAGAUCGUUGUCGUGUUCGCAGUACGCCGUGCUCAUCGUGGUGAUUCUGGCAACGAGUCAAGCCAUUAGUGUCAUUCACGACCGACGCUACUACAACAGUCCCAAUACUCUUUGCACAACGAACAACGUGCCGAAACGAACGAUUUCGUCCGGGAGUUUGCGCAACCAGACCGUCUUCGCCGCGGAAUCCGUCAACGCGACCAGCGUACCCGUCCCAACCAAAACGAAGACGACAAACAUCGACCGCAAGCCCAGCGACCGCCCGCGGGUCCCACAUUCUCCCCCACUCCCUGCAACCACGUCCAAAUCGCGGUACUACUAUCGGCCACUGCCCGGUGAUGCAUCGGACAACGACACCUUGGCUGCUGUGGGAGUCCAGGCGCGUGCCUUUGAUGCUUGGCCUCGGAAUCGUCCGUUGCCCUGCGAACCAGCCGAACCGAAUUGGGUCGAUUACAGUGUACAGACGACACCGACGGACCACGGCUUGCUCUUUCUCAAACCCUACAAGACGGGAUCCAGUACCGCCUCGGGGAUUACGCUCCGCAUGUCACGGAACAUUGCCGCACGGAACUUGCCCCCGCCGUCGACCGCACACGGUGUCCCGGAACCAAUGUGUCGCACGCGAUACGACCACGGGUGGGCCAGUCACCUGUUCCCCACCCGCGUGCGGCAACGCAGCUUUUUGUGGACACUCGUUCGCGAUCCCACUGCUCGGGUCGUCUCCCAAUUUUUUCAUUUCCAAGUGUCACGGAAAAAGACCGAGCCGUCCGACGAAAACUUUAAAAAUUAUGUUCGUCACGGACCAGUCGACAUGAUUCACGAUUAUUAUUUAGACGCUCUGUCGACCAGCAAUUAUCGAAAAGGACGGACUGACCCGGUAGCCACGGUCAACGGUAUCUUUCGAGACUACGAUUUCGUGGGCGUGACCGAGCGUAUGGACGAAUCCGCGGUGGCGCUGGCGAUGCUGUUGAGACUACCGCUGGCCGACAUUCUGUACCUAAAAGCCAAGGGACACGGAGGAUACGAUGAUGCUGGUGGAUCGCCCAACAAAAAGUGCACGUACAUUUGGCCAAGCUUUGUAUCGAGCGGUUUACAGGAAUUUUUUCGUACGGACGAAUGGCAAAAUAUUGUGCAAUGGGAUCACGCGGUCUUUCAAGCCGCCAAUAGGAGCUUGGAUUUAACCAUUGACAAGCUCGGUCGAACAAAGUUCGAUCAUUUUCUCAGGAAGUUUCGAGAAGCAAAGGCUCUCGCUCACGAUCGAUGCCUGCCAAAAACAGUGUUUCCUUGCUCCGAAGGCGGCAUCUAUCAUUCACCAGAAGAAACUGAUUGUCUCUGGAAUGACUCUGGCUGUGCCAAUAAAUGCCUCGAUGAAAUUUCGACCGAACUUGAGCUUUGGGAGCACAGCUUUGCUUGA